AAACUGUGUUUUGGGCUAGUUUACAUAACCUUUUUCAUUAGUAGCUCGGUCAGCUGUGGUUGCUGGCUAACAGAUGAAAGCUAGACUUAGCCGAGCUAAGUUAUUCUUGCCAUCUGUUUUGAGAUGGUAAAAAUGUAACAAUUUACAAUUCAUCGUCGAAAUUUUCUUGUGAAAACUAGGUUAAACCUUAGCUAGGUUAGCUAUCUAACUAUGCAGUUAACUAACUGCAGGACGAGCAAACCUGUAACUAGACUAGCAAGUAAACUAGCAUUAAUAUUCGCCUUUUGUUUGUAAUGAUAACUAAGCUCAUCUUUGUAUUUGAUAGCUAGGUUAGCUAGCUAGCCACCAAUACAAUUUGUAGCUAAUAUACCCUAUAUAUUUGGAAACAUCAAAAGAUAAGCUAGGUUUUCCUUUGGGUAGCAUUAUGCAAGUGGAGGCAAACCUGCGCAUUUGUCAGAGAUGUCUGUGGCACUAUAAGUGCACUCUGCACCUGUUAUCACUUUCUGCUGCCCACAGGUCAUCAACGAGUUACUAUGAUGUUCUUGGUGUUAAGCCUGAUGCAUCGCUGGAAGAAAUAAAAAAUGCAUUUUUUGACAAGUCCAAAAAGCUGCACCCUGACAGAAAUCCUUCAGACCCAAGCUUUCAUUCCCAAUUUGUGAAACUGAAUGAGGCAUACCGGAUGCUCAGCAAAGAUGGAACCAGGAGGGAGUACGACCUCAGGCUGAGGCAUCACUACUCUAGACACCCAAAUGUCAGACCCUCUUCCAGAUAUACGCACAACCCCAGCACUGCGGAGACUGCUGAGCACAUGCAUUACUGGGAGCAGUUCAGACAUUCCCAGGACUACACAGAAAAAGAGUGGCAGAGGAAGAGGAAGAAGAAUUUACAUCUGGUGGGCUACUGCUUCAUCGCCAUGCUCCUCAGCUGUGGUGCUCACUACAUUGGAUUCAGGAAGCUGGAAGAUAUACAUAACAAUUUCAUGGAUGAGAAAGACAGAGUCAUCACUGAAAUCUACAAAGAGACCAAAGAGAGAGCCAGAGUGAAUGGAUUUAAGAAGCAGCAGGAAAUCAUGAGGCAGAAACAUGCAGAGUUUCUGGAAAAAUACAAGAUACACAAAAGUGACAAAGAGAAAUAGAAAUGUUCUACAAACAUGAGACGAGAGUGUAUAUAGUGGUAAUGUUUGCAUCUAGUGGAUGGGACAAAUGUGUUGUGUUGGAGGAUUAAAAUAAACAUGAGGACAUCACAUGUGACCCUUUGCUGAUGAACACUUUCAGAAUACUAUGAUUUACAUUUUUUUCAUUCAUUAUUUUCCAGAAUGAAUUACAAAAGCAAGCAUAAGACAUGCUUUUCAUUGAAGAGUGAGUUUAAUGAACACAGUGUUGUCAGUUAAGGCCAACUGGUCACUAUUUAGCAACACAGCCAAGCAAGUUACUGCUUCUUGUUCACAGUAGGUAUCAUUUACCAACGUGUACAGCAUGACUGACGGUACUGUGCUGCAUUUCAGCUGCACCUGGCUAGACACUUAUGGAAACAAUGUAUUCCUGUAGCUCAUAAUGCUACGUUCUAAUGCCAAUUGUACUUCACAAUGCUAAGUUCUUUCUCUAUCUGUCUGUAUGAAUGUUUAACAGGAUCCAAAGCAACUUAAAAUUGUGGCCAAAGUACAAUUCAAGCAAUAACGGGGUAAGGGCCUUGCUUAGGGGCCCAACACUGGUAGCUUAGCAAUGGUCGGGGUUGAACUGGAAACCUUCUAAUUAGUGGACCAGUACGUUAACUGUUGAGCUACAACAAGUUCUAUCAAAUUUAAAUCCUGCCCAAAAUGUUUUUCAUGUUGCUUAACUAGACAAUCUUACGUGCGAAAGGUAUACUAUUUGCUUUCCAAAACAAGAAACAUGUAUUACUGAUUUUUAUGUGAGACAGCCCAAAUCAAACCUGAUUGUCAACUGGCUGGCAUUAGAAAGCCUGAAGCUCUUCAAAACAUUUUCAGAUAAAUGACAGAGCAUGAAGGCAAAUAUUGAAAGUGCUUUCUCUGUGGACUGUAACUUUGGCAGAAUGAGUAUGACAUUCUAAUUAGCUGAUCCAGUUAAACACUCACAGUGUAACUUUGUAUCCUCUAAUGUGGUGUGCUUUGCAGCUAUAUAGAAUUGUUAUAGACAUGUGCUUCCCUAUGUUCAACACUAAGGAGUUCCUUAUGAAAUUAAUAGCCAAUACAUUUUUUCUGGAGGGGAAUUAGAGCUUGUAUUUUUGUUUGUCACUAUUUCCUACAGUGUAGAAUAAAUAAAUUAUUACAAUU